AUGGCUGAUUCACCUUCUACCGGUCAAACCGACCAGCCUUCUAAUAAGCAGGACAAUGGAACUAACGUUAUCCCUCAACAAACGCCCGUUGCUCCAAUGGCUGCUCCUAUUGCGCCCUAUCCCGUUCAGCCUAACUUGAUGCAACAGUAUAACUAUAUGGCCUACUAUAAUUAUCCAUAUUACAUGAAUCCGCAAUUGAUGUACCAGUACCAGAAUCAACCUCAAAUUAUCGAGAAUAACUACGAAAGCGUUCAAAAAUGCCACUUACACAGCAAACCUGAUUUAAAUUGCAAGUUCUGUAGAAAGUUUAAGUCGGCUGUGCAUGAAAUAAGUCGCUUGGCACAGCAGAAACAGGUUGCGAAAUCGGACGAUAGGCCGAACCAACUACCGAUGACGAACAGCAUGACCUACAACAUGAAUGAUCUGCUUAGGAACAAUAUAUUGACCUCGGAGUACUACAAGUCACUGUCAGUUAAGACGUUUUAUGACGUUGUUAACGAGUUGGUUCAGUUCGGAUCGCACUGUGAACCGUACUGUUCAACGUCGACAAGGGCACCGUCCACAAUGUUCUGUUGUUUAUAUAAGUUCUUUACUCUCAAAUUGACUGAGAAACAGAUGGUAACUCUUCUCGACCACAACAAGUCGCCGUAUCCACGCUGCUGCGGUUUUCUCUACUUAAGAUACGUUCUCCCUCCAGACAAGCUUUGGAGCUGGUACGAACCAUACUUUUUGGACGAGGAAGAGUUCACAGUAUCGUCCGACGGCAAUAAGAAGACGACAGUGGGAGAAUUCGCAGAAUCACUGAUAAUGGACGAUAAGUACUAUAACACUGUUCUGCCAAGAUUACCAGUAAGAGUUAAAAAUUUAUUUGGAGCGCAUCUUUUAGAAAUGUCAAAACAUCGCAAGCGGAGGGUCAAGAACAUGGACUUUGUUGACGACUUCGUAGAGGGAGCCCAGGUUUCGGUUUGCUCAAAGGGAGACUGGCUGGAUGGAGAAAUACUGAGCGUGCAGGAGGGACGGAGAGGCUUCCCCCUGGUGACAGUGCACCUGGAGGACGGUACUGACGAAACCGUGGACAUAGGCUAUGUUGUCCUCAAAGACAGAGGCUAUGAAAAGAGGGAGAGGCGCAGGUCGUCAAGAAGCAGUUCCCUGUCAUCUGCUGGUUCUGAACGCAGGAAAAAACAUAGGAGAAGGUCCCACGACUCACACAGUAAACCGGAUAAACGCGAUUCCAUGUCAAAAAGGGAUGAUUUGUUGAAAGAGUUUAAAAGAAGAGAGAGGGAGAAGGUUUUGGCUACCGGGAAGGAAAAAUGCACUGGAGGGUAUCCUCUGAGAAUCGAGUUAAAAGAUCAGCACGAAUCCUUUAAAAUAAUGGAGCAACCCGUUGAUCACGAAUUCGUCAAGAAAAUGUUGCCCAGGCUUGACUAUAACGCUCUCUAUGAGACCGCUAAAUCGCUUGAUUUGGCUCUACCUCGAAAUUAUGUCAGUGAUGAUACGAACAACGACCACUUUAUCUCGGCAGUACACCACGCUCUAUUCAAUUAUCACAUUUUGGAAGGAAGACUCGUUUGUCCAUCAUGUUCCCAUAAUUAUAUAAUUUCCAAGGGAAUACCUGAUAUGCUACAUAAAAAAGAACUAACAGAAGAUUAA